AUGGCCAGCCAACACAAACCUGUUGUCAGCUUCCUCGGCCCAGUGGCCUCAUACACCCAUCAGGCUGUCCGUCAGGCCUUUUCUGAGUCAACAUGGGAAUUCUCCCCUGCAGUUACUAUCGAUGACGUAUUUGACCAGGUCCAAAGUGGCCAGGUGCAAGCUGGUGUUGUGCCGUUUGAGAACUCCACCAAUGGUUCUGUGAGCUUCACCUUGGACAACCUGGCUGACAGAACGAACCAUUAUCCGGAUAUCACUGUCGAUGGCGAGACAUACGUGGACGUUCACCAUUGCCUUGUUGGUCACAAGAGCCCUGUGCCAGCUGUCGAAGACAUUGCUGAAGGAUCCGGUACUUGCACCCCGACAGCCACUGACCCGUCACCUUCAAAACCACGGUCCAGGCCCCUGGCAAGCCUCAAGCACAUUCAACGCUUAUAUUCGCACCCCCAAGCAUUUGGCCAAUGUACCGCUUUCAUCUCCACCUAUCUCAAGGGUGUCGAGAUUUUCGAGGUCAGCUCAACCAGCAAGGCAGCUGAAAUUGUCAGUAAGGACACGACGGGUACCUGGGCCGCCAUCUCAAGCGAGCUCGCCGCUAAACUUCAUGGUCUCGAUUUUCUGGGAAAAUCGAUUGAGGACAGAGAGGAUAACACGACUCGUUUCUUCGUGAUUGGUAAAAAUGCUGCAGGCCCGAAGGACCUUGAAAAAACUGAAAAGGCUGUUGCUGAGAAGGGGAGCAAGUCGCUUGUCUCUUUCACAGUACCUCACACAUCACCUGGCGCUUUGGCGGAUGUGCUGAGCUGUUUCCGAACAUUCGACAUCAACUUGACCAGCAUCAACACUCUACCAAGCCUCGUAAAACCCUUCCAGUACAUAUUCUUCAUUGAAUUUGAAGGUCACAAGUAUGUCGAUCCUGAGGGCCGGGUCAACGGUGCGCUGGAAAAAAUCAGUCGUGUGGCCGAGAGUUGGAGGUGGCUUGGAAGCUGGGAGAGAUACAUAUAA